GGGCGGCUCAAGGCCUGGAUGGUAUAAAGGGGAAAGGAGGAAGGACAGGGCUGCUUGUCUCUUCGCAGGACCUCCAGUCUUCACCUUCACCUCCAUCUCUUGGCUUCUGGCACACACCCUUCAGCCUUCCAUCGCAGACCUAUCCGCCUUCUGAUACGGACUCGCACGGGACAGUGCAGGGAGCUCCAGGCCUCGCACUAAAUGAAUCCUUCGGUCUCCCGUGUGCAGACGGAGCCUCUGCUGCACGCUUCCACACACGACUCUGUGGGUGGCCAUGGCAAGAUGGCAGAUACCGAAGACCAUGUUUUGGAGCCGGCUACUCCUGCUGCCCCACUGUCAUUCUGCUUCCUACGCACAUCCAGGCCGAGGCAGCUGGCAGGUCAGGGAGAUGCUGCGGGGUUGGCCCCAGAGGAAAAGGAUUUCUUAAAGACCAUGGAACGAAGGGAGCUGCAGAACCCCCCAGAAGGCCCCAAGGAACUGGUCAUCCCGCUGAUCCAGAAUGGCUACCGAAGGCAGCCCUUGGCCCAAAGCCCUGGGCCCUUCACAGAGGCACUGGCAGAUACAGCGCUGUCCCAGGCCGUGAAGGAGCUCACAGAGGAAUCCAAGAUGUCUCUAGUGGAGAGAAAGGGUGCGGGUGCUGACGCCGUUCUCACUAUCCCCGUGGCCCAGACAGGAUGCACCCCCGGUGGGAAAAGGGGAGACAGCCAAUCCUGGGCUGAGACAGUGCCAGACGCUGACUACGAGGCAGUCCCUGUAGAGGCCUAUGGGCUGGCCAUGCUGCGGGGCAUGGGCUGGAAACCUGGCGAGGGCAUUGGCCGCACUUUCAAUGAAGUGGUGAAGCCCUGUGUAACGUCACUGAGGCUCAAGGGGUUAGGGCUGGGUGCCAACCUGACUCAGGCCCAAGUCCAGGCCGUGGCCUCCAGUGGCUGCUAUCACCCACCAAGGCCAGAUGGGGAACAGGAGAAGGAUAAGGAAGACCAAACUCAAGGGCUGGUGCCUGGAGACACUGUGGUGGUCCUUUCCGGCCCGUAUCAACACCUCUACGGAAAGGUGGAAGGCCUUGAUCCUGACAACGUGCGGGCCAUGGUUCGGCUCGCAGUGGGCCGUCACACGGUGACUAUCAGCGGCUACUGCCUGCGACCCGUGUCUCAGCAGGAGUUCGACGCGAACUCCUUGCGCCUUGUCCAGGCAAGUAGAACUUGCUCUCGACAACACAGCGGAACAGCUUUGUCACAGAAGGCCCUCAGGAACGAAGACCUGCAUGACCCUCAGGAGGACUCAGGCAGGAAGCGGAAACACUUUCCAGACCGACAGGAGGGGCCUGCAGCCAAGAGAGGGACAGCAGCCAGGAGUCGGCACUGGCUGACCAGGGACCUGCGCGUGCGCUUCGUGGACAAGCUGUACGAGGCUGGCCGGUAUUACAACACCAAGAUGACGAUUGAAGAUGUCCUGAGCCCAGACACAUGUACGUGCAGGACAGAUGAAGGCCGAGUCCUAGAGGGCGUGAGGGAAGACAUGCUGGAGACCCUGGUUCCCAAGGGCGAGGGGGAUCGGGUGAUGGUGGUGCUGGGGCCACAGGCUGGAAAGGUGGGGUAUCUGCUGGGCAGGGACACAGCCAGGAGCCGGGCUUUGGUGCACCUGCGGAGAGACAAUCAUUUGGUGGAGCUUCACUACAAUGCCGUGUGCCAGUUCAUCGGCCUCAGCGACUCAGAUGAUGACUGACCAUGGGACGACUUCCAUCCUGGAGGCUGUUAACGGUUUAGAAAUUUUUUUUCCCAGCACUCGGGAGGCUGA